AUGGCAAACGUUCCAAAAACCUGCCGGGUCUUCUGUAAGAAGUGUGGUGAGCACCAGCCGCACAAAGGGACACAGUAUAAGAAGGGCUCAGAUGCUCUCUGUGUCCAGGGAAAGCGGCGUUAUGGUAGGAAGCAGAAGGGCUGUGGUGGAGAGACUAAACCGAUUUUCCGGAAAAAGCCGAAAACUACAAAGAGUGUGCUGAGGCUUGAGUGUGUGGAGCCCAACGGCAGAUCGAGGAGCAUGUUGGCUAUCAAGAGAUGCAAACAUUUCAAACUGGGAAGAUAG